UCUCCUGCCCUCCAGAAGGGCUGUUGGCAUCUACCAAACCAACAGUUGCGGGUGCUUCCGCUGCCUCUGCCCGCCACGUUUCCUUUGAGUAGCCGUCACGAGGAAGCCGCCGGUGCUGCAAUAUUUUGCCCGGGCAGGAAGGAAGAGAUGACGGAUGACCCUCCCCAGCCGGACCCCUGGCAAAGGGAAGGAAGCGGCAGGAGCUCCGGAGGGCGAUGAAGCAACCGGGGUGUGUGUGUGUGUGUGUGAAUUCACUUUGUCCACGGAGAAGAUCGCUGACUCGCAGGAUGAGAACACGGAACGGGGCAACUGGUCCAGCAAGACGGACUACCUGCUGUCCAUGGUGGGCUAUGCGGUGGGCCUGGGCAACGUGUGGCGGUUCCCGUACCUGACCUACCAGAACGGAGGAGGAGCCUUCCUGAUCCCCUACGCCAUCAUGCUGGCCUUAGCCGGCCUCCCUCUCUUCUUCAUGGAGUGCUCCCUCGGACAGUUUGCCAGCUUGGGACCCGUCUCAGUUUGGAGAAUUCUCCCCCUUUUUCAAGGCGUGGGGAUCACUAUGGUGAUCAUCUCCACCUUUGUGACCAUCUAUUACAACGUCAUCAUUGCCUACAGCCUCUACUACUUGUUCGCCUCCUUUCAGCGGGUCCUGCCGUGGGCACAUUGCGACCCGGAGUGGGCAGAUCAGAAAUGCAGCAAGACGCCAAUCGUGUUACUGUGCAAUGUCACGAUGGGCAACACAAACGUCCAGAUGAAUUACACAGAAGUGCAGAGCAUGAACCUCACCUGCAUCAACAACACCCAGGUGUUUGCAGAUACGCAGGUCCCCAGCGAACAGUAUUGGAACAACAAAGUCCUCCAGCGGUCGGAUAACUUAAGCGACACCGGGGUGAUCGUGUGGUACCUGGCGCUUUGCCUUCUCCUUUCCUGGCUGAUCGUGGCCGUUAGCUUGUUCAAAGGCAUCAAGUCCUCUGGGAAGGUUGUCUAUUUCACAGCCAUCUUCCCUUACGUUGUCCUGAUUAUACUGCUGGUGCGAGGUGUCACCUUGGAAGGUGCCCGGGAGGGGAUUGAGUACUACAUCGGGGCCCAGUCCGAUUUCAAGAAACUUGGCGAAGCAGAGGUGUGGAAAGAUGCAGCCACGCAGAUUUUCUUCUCCCUCUCGGUCGCCUGGGGUGGGCUGGUCGCUCUCUCCUCCUACAACAAGUUCCAUAACAAUUGCUACGCAGACGCCAUUUUCGUCUGUGUGACCAACUGUCUCACGAGCGUCUUUGCCGGGUUCGCAAUCUUCUCCAUUCUGGGGCACAUGGCCUUUAUGGCCAAUAAGAAGGUCUCCGAAGUUGUGGACUCAGGAUUUGACCUGGCCUUUGUGGCCUACCCUGAAGCCCUGUCCCAGCUCCCGGUGGCUCCUCUCUGGUCCUUCCUGUUCUUCUUCAUGCUUCUGCUUCUGGGUCUCGAUUCCCAGUUUGCCACCAUAGAAACCAUCACUACCACCAUCCAAGAUAUCUACCCUGCAGUGAUGAAGAAAAUGAGAAUUGUGGUGACAAUGGGGUUGUGUCUGCUGCUGUUUCUGCUUGGGCUCGUCUGUGUGACCCAGGCAGGAAUCUACUGGGUCAACCUGGUGGACCAUUUCUGUGCAGGCUGGGGGAUCCUCUUUGCAGCUAUCCUGGAACUGCUGGGAAUUUGCUGGAUUUAUGGGGGAAACCGAUUCAUCCAAGACAUCGAGAUGAUGAUCGGGAAGAAAAGCUUCUUCUUCUGGCUGUGGUGGAGAGCCUGCUGGUUUUUCAUCACCCCUUGCCUCUUGCUGGCCAUCCUGAUUUGGUCCCUGAUCACUUUUACACCCCCCAAGUAUGGCAAGACAGAGUACCCAGACUGGGGCUCUGCCAUCGGCUGGUGCAUGAUCAUUUUCUGCCUCAUUUGGAUUCCAGUGGUGGCCAUUUACAAGAUCGGCAAGGCCAAAGGCAACCUGUGGCAGCGGAUCGUCUCCUGCUGCAAGCCCAAACCCAACUGGGGGCCGUCCCUGGAGUGUCACCGGGGAGAGAGAUACAAGGACAUGGUGGACCCGGUCAAGAAACAGGACGUCGAGAUCUCCACUGUGGACAGCUACAUCCGCAAGCUGGAGUAAAGAGAGAGGGGGGUACCGCUGCAGGCUGAGGGUCCCAGUUGCGCCCAGCAAAAUCCGAAAAGAAGCCGUGCAAUGGAUGCCAAAGACUUUGGACCAUCUGCCAAAGAGCCACAUCUGGGGGGCUUUGCUGCUAAGGCAGGCCAGGUCGUGGUGGGUGGUGGGGGCAGCCUUCUAACUCAGGACCACUCUCUAGAGGGUUUGAACCCCCCCCGGCCCACCAAGCCCUUUCCAUAAAGAGCCAGCAAAAAUCCCUCAACCCCUCAACCCCCCAAAGUCUCCUCUGGCAAGGCUGAGUGCCCUCCCUCGCAGGGGUGUGGUGAUGAAGAACACACUCCGGCGAUCCUGUGAGAAUCUUCGGGGCCAUCAAAGUGUCCGAGACUGGGAUCCUUCGUUGGAUGUGAAGCCUGUCCUCAUUCAGGGAGGCUCACUUCUGUGUGUCAAUGGGACAAGGACCAUCACACAACACUCUGGAUGUGCACGCACGCAUAUCUGUGUGUGUGUGAGAGAGAGAGAGAGAGAGAAAGAGAGACGGACGCUGCACCUGGCAUUUUAUUUGCAUAAUUUAUUCCUGGGAUUUUAUUUGGGAUUAAUUUAUUAUUGUUAUUAUUUUUUGCUACCUUGGAGGGAAAUGCCUGAAAACCUCUCUCCACCCAAAGAGAGCCAGCCAUCUUAACCAGCCAUCCGGAUUUGGGGUAGACCUUUCUCGUUCAUCUUCAAGUUCUAUCUCUAAAACCCUAAGGACUAGAAACUUGACUUUAGAAUAAAGAAGAGAGAGAGAGAGAGAGAGAGAGAAUUCCUUAGAAGUGGAACUGCUUAUUCUCGGUGCAGAGAGCUGGCUGGCCAGCUAAUAAAAGAAAUCUGUUCAGAUUUUGGUUUUCAAAGGACCUUUUCAUUGUCCAUUUCAGCUGUUUUUUUUUUUCUUUUUCUUUCGUCUUCUCAGGCAGGAAUCUCUUCUUUCUUUCCCCAUCAUUCACUCUCCCAGAACGCCCAAGGCAUCCCUCUGGGCCAAGGGAGAAUGAGCAGAAAGGCUGAAUCUCCUCCCUGCUUCUUCCUGAGAAUUGCUGGUCUUAAAGAUUUGGUCUGUUUUAUCAUUCCAGGCGGCAGCUCAACCCCCCCUCUCCCCCCCCGUGCUGAGUUGGGCCAGUUUCUGGGGAGCAAAAGGGGCUGCACAGUGGAGGGGGAGGCUGGUGGAAGCACCCCAAUUCUUUCUCAUUAAUUCAGUGAGGGGGGGAACGUCCUUUUCCUCUUGUGCAAUCCACACAAGGGAUCCUUCAUAAAGAGCCCACUGUCUCUGCAGAAAUCUGGGUCCGGAAGCGCUCCAUGGAGACCCCUGAAAGGCAACCCCCGGGAGACCUCCGAUCUCUCAGCUGGGGGAGUCCUAGAUUUCUCCAGCAGGUCCCAAAGUUGGGAUGGAAGGAAGGGCGGAUGACUAAAGGCCCAGGAGAAGAGGCCUCUGCCCUGGGGGCCCAACUCAUGGCCUUGGGGGUGCUUUUUGU